CUCCGCGACAGCAUACAACAACAGCCAGAGCGAGAUAGAGUCGGGCAUCUGGGGCAAAAGGCGACUGCUGGCGAUACGGCGAGACAGAUUUAGAGGCACGAGAUAGACAACUCACAUCAGCACCACUAUAUCCAGCCCCACUGUGAGCCCGUCUGAAGAUUUGGGCGAGAAGAGCCCGUUUCCGCUGUAUGAAAGAGAUUUUGAACUGAAGCACAUCGAUUCCCGGAACGUCAAGAGAUCUCAGAAAUUUUGGUCUACAGCGCUAGUGUUUCCCACAAGAGUCUUGGGCUGUCCAAACUCAAUGAUCAGUUUUUUAUUUUAUCCUUAUGGAAGAAGGACUCAAACAUGUCUCAUUUUUAAAGUAAAAGGCAGUGAGCAAUUUAUUGACGCGUGUGCUGUGCACCCCGAAAUAUUCCUGCGGCGAAAUCACACUAAAGGGCCCUCUCAAUGGAUAUAGACACCGACUAUGAGCGACCUAAUGUGGAGACCAUAAAGUGUGUGGUGGUGGGUGAUAAUGCGGUGGGUAAGACCCGGUUGAUCUGUGCCCGUGCCUGCAAUGCCACCCUUACUCAGUACCAGCUGCUUGCCACCCACGUGCCAACUGUCUGGGCUAUCGACCAAUACCGUGUGUGCCAGGAGGUGCUGGAGAGGUCACGAGACGUGGUGGAUGAGGUCAGUGUCUCCCUCAGGCUGUGGGACACGUUUGGAGAUCAUCACAAAGACAGGCGCUUUGCUUACGGCAGAUCAGAUGUGGUAGUGUUGUGCUUCUCUUUGGCCAAUCCCAAUUCCCUGCGUCAUGUCCGCACCAUGUGGUUCCCUGAGAUUAAGCACUUCUGCCCACGCACCCCAAUCAUCCUUGUGGGCUGCCAGCUGGACCUGCGCUAUGCUGAUCUGGAUGCUGUUAACAGGGCUCGCCGGCCCCUGGCCAAACCCAUCAAACCCACAGACAUCCUUCCCCCAGAGCGAGGCCAUGAGGUUGCUAAGGAACUGGGCAUUCCAUACUAUGAAACAAGCAUUGUCGCUCAGUUUGGUGUAAAGGAUGUGUUUGACAAUGCUAUCCGUGCUGCACUCAUCUCUCGACGCCACCUUCAGUUCUGGAAGUCCCAUUUAAAGAAGGUCCAGCGUCCCUUCCUGCAGGCCCCCUUCCUUCCCCCCAGACCACCUCGACCAGUGGUGGGCAUCCCUGAUCCACCUCCCAUGGAUGGAGAAGGUCCAGACUCUCUCUUCUGCCAACCUUUGUGUGCAGACGUGCUGUUUCUUCUCCAGGGCGGGGCUACUUGUGUUUUUGCACACAAGGUGUACCUGGCCACCUCCUGCUCAAAGUUCUAUGACCUCUUUACAUUGGAUCUUGGGGCAGCUGGGGAGGAAAAGGAGGGUGAGGAGUGCUCAGAGGGGAGUGAGGAAGAGGAGCAGUGCCGAAGAGGAGCUAAAGAACAGGCUGGGCGUACCAAGAGCCUGGACAUUGAUAAGGAGGGUGAUGGUGGCACCAGGGGUUCCAACAGGCUGCUCAUGUUGCAGCAAGGCUACCUGAGGACUUCACAGAGUGAUAAUGCUCUGCCUGCCAGGAGCCAAUGCUCUAAGGGACACCUCAAAGCAGGACGUGCUCUUUUAGGAUGGGGACGUGGUUUCUUAGGGGUAUACUUUGAGAUGGUGGAUGACCCUGUGACAGGUCGGCCGAGACUCAUAACAGUGGUGUCCAUGGAUGAUCUAAUUCAGAAAGGGCCUUUCCAGGCAGUACUGCAGUACCUUUACACAGGUCACCUGGAUGAGAGUCGUGGGGAUCUAAUGCAGGUGGCCACCAUCGCUGAGCUUCUAGAGGUCUUCGACCUACGGAUGAUGGUGGCCAAUGUGCUGAACCAUGAGAGCUUCAUGAACCAGGAGAUCACCAAAGCCUUCCAUGUGCGUCGUGCCAACCGCAUCAAAGAGUGCCUGAGCAAGGGCACCUUUGCUGAUGUGGUGUUUCAAUUGGAUGAUGGGUAUUUGCCGGCCCACAAGCCACUGCUCAUCUCAAGUUGUGAUUGGAUGGCAGCCAUGUUUCGAGGAUCCUUCAUGGAGAGCUACACUGAGGAGGUGUCUAUCCCUAACACCAGUUGUGCCUGUAUGAGAGCAGUUCUGGAGUUUCUCUACUGUGGUGUAUUGACACCAUGUCAUGAACUGGAACCAAUGGACCUUAUAAUUUUAGCCAACCGCCUCUGUCUUCCCCGCCUUGUAGCUCUAACAGAGCAACAUGCCGUUGAGGAGCUGUUGCAGCUGUCCGUUAAAGGAGUGGACAUUGAUGGACAGGUGCUUGCCUAUCUGGAGAUGGCUCAGUUUCACAAUGCAAAACAGCUCUCUGCCUGGUGUCUACAUCACAUCUGCACCAACUACAAUAGCGUUUGUUGCAAAUUCCCCAAAGACAUGAAGACUAUGUCUCCUGAGAACCAGAAACACUUUGAGAAGCAUCGCUGGCCACCUGUCUGGUUCCUCAAGGAGGAAGACCGCUAUCUGCGCUCUCAAAAAGAGCGAGCACGUGAGGAAGAGAUCUUACGCAAGCAGCACACCAAACGGGGCUGGUGCUUCUGGAGACAUACUUCCUCCUCAGCACCCCAUAUUUCCUGAGGGUUUACUUCCAUCCAUCCAUUGAUCCAUCCACCCUCCCACCCCCUCCAUACCUCUCACCAUCUCUAUCCAGAGGCAUGUAGCCGAGCCUGGGGAGCCCUGUGACUCUAUCCAGUGUGUCCGUCCUGGCUGAUGGAAGUUAAUCUGGGGAGGCUGAAUUUUUGCCUUCCCUCCCCAAGGUGGGCCUUAGUGGGUGGCUCUCUGAGUGUCCACAGAUUGGAUAAAUUCUUGAAUCUCACUGUGCGAAUUCAACAGGUGUGAGGUCUCACUACAGCAUCAUGUAGGGAAUGCCAUUAGUGCAGUGGACUGCUUUCACCUCUUGUGACUGUUAUUGUUUUACAUACACACUCACACUAGCACCUUGUCUGAGUGCUGGCGCCCAGGCAGAUGGAUGCUGCAUGGUACUGCUAUGUUGAGCUUUUUCUGCGAGACCUAUUUCUGGGAAAACAGUCAUGUUCAAUGCAUACAAGCUGAAACGCUGAAAAUUUCAACUUUGAAUUAAACAAGCAAUUAAAAUGGCGGCAGGGAAAUAUACAUUCUUUUGUUAAAUAGAGGGGUGGUAAUUACCCCCAUUUCAAACCUAUGUCUUGCCUACAUUUCUCACACAAAAAAACAACAACAAGAAAACACCAUUUUGAAUCUUCCGUUGUCCCAUAUUAGAACUACAUACCAAUUGUGUUGCCUACUGACAAAUUGUUUUUCAAUUUAGAUUGCUUUUCCUGUUACUAACCCUUGGUAGUCCAAGGGUUAGGAACAGAAGGGUUGUAUAUUUUGUGUCGGUCACUCAUAAAAGCUUUAGAAAAGCACCAAAGACAGACGAAAACGCCUUACCAAAAUCUACUGAAACAUGACAAAACUUGACAGCAAGUGAAAUACUACUUUUACCACUGCCACAAGAGUAUUAAUCACAGCUUUUAUGUCACUUCAUGUUUAAGUGGAUUGAUUCUUUUUUGAGAAAUAUGACCAUCUUCUUACCUUCCAACUGCACCACUAGAGGGCGCCCAUGCCUUCUGAGUUAACCCAUCUUUAGAACUUAUUAGUUAUAAAUUAGAUAUUUACAACUGUGCAGCUCAGAAUCCUUGCGAAAUAUACGCAUUGUAGCACUACUUUUUAAAAUCUCGACUAUGGCGAAUCAUGUCUGAUAACCAAAAAGAUGUUUCUUGUUUCACGCUAAAAACAAAUCUGCUCCCCGCUGGUAUUCCUCCGGUCGUCUACCUCUGCUGUUAGCCACACAGAGGAAGUGGUAGGAACGAUCAAACCUAUAGUUUUUGAUACGUUGCAAUGUGAUGCCUCACAAUUAGAAUCUCACUUUGCACUUAACACGUGGUAAAGUUGGUGCUCAGGAUUAGCCUGCUAAACAUCACCACGUUAAACCUCUCAUUCUUUCUACAAGUUUAACUGUUUGACAAUCUUAAUAACAGAAUAGCCCUACAUGAGCUGUAAAUUUGAAAUGCAUCUUUCUUUCUUUUUUAUCGAAAAGCUUUAUGGAUUUUAAUUUCGAGCUUUGUAUUUAGUUAAAACAGGUUUUGUGGUUAAACUGGCACUGAUAGGCUAAUGUACUCAUUCACCUCCGGUUUGAUUCCUUCUUUCAGAUGUGCAUGCGUUGUGAAGCAUUGUGAAAUCCGCAUUGAAUCCGAAUGCUAAAGUCUGUCUGAACUGCCUUCCAUCUAAGAACAUGAGUGCCUAUGGCCAAGUAACACUUUCCCCUUCUACAUCCAUGUAGACUUAUUCUUCAAGCAUGUUUGUUUUGCCUGUUUUGUGCCUUUGAACAAGAGUGUUAUUAAUAGCUACUUUGGAGGUGAGUGAGAUAUCUGAGAUAUUUAAGUUUUUUAUGGCAUCUAUUUCUGGCACUCUGAUUUAGCUUUCUCAAGGCUGCACCCUGCUUUUCUCUGAAAUCAUCAACAGCUACAAAAAUAGACAUGCAGAGCCCAUGUGCUCUGCCAGGCCGAUCUGCACACAAAUAAUGAAUACAAUAAAAAAAAAUAGGGAACUAGAGAGCAGAUACUUUCAAUCUGUUCAUUAUUAUGGUUUUAAAAAUAAAUGCAAAUAAAAAGCAUUUAUAAAUCAUAAUUUUUUUAUCUUGUUUUUCAGUAAAACAAAAUUCUUAAAACAAGAUACUGUACAUUUGCUUGAUAAUAAGUUAAGAGAAGCAUACAUUUAACAUUUAGUAAAAAAAAGGGUCAAUGGGGUAAUAAAUGUAAACUUUGUUCAAUAUAUUUUCUCUCCAAACAAGUCUUAUUAUCUUGAAUAUUUUCUCCAAGUAAAUAGAGUAGAUCUUGUUUUAAUUUAAUUGGAAAACAAGGCAAAAAAUGUUGAUUGAGCAAUUCGAUUUUUAUUUUUUAAGUUUGAUCAAAGAUUUUGACAUUCCACUAUCCCUCAAAUUCUUUAAUGGGUACUUUAUUGGUUUAUUCCACUGUCCCCAAAGCCUUUUUUAAAAUAAAAAUACAACUUCUUGCAGUAUUUAUGGGGCAGACAAAUGAAUGAAUGUUUAUAGAAGCACAAAGACACUACGCCUAAAGGCUCUAUAAUUAGUAAAACAAAGAAUUUACACCAUUUAUUGUUUAUUUGCAGACUGGCUCUGCAAAGAAUUAUGUACUUAAUCACAACUCUCCUGUCCUAGAUAGCUUUUUUUGCCCAUUAAAGAUGCUCUAGGUCUUUGACUUGGCUUUUUGAGCUAAGUUAAAAAUGAUCAAUCCACAAAAGUAAACUACUGUAACUCCAGAUAAACGGU